GCUCGUCUCUAGGGUUUUGGUGGCUAGGGUUAGGGUUCUUGGAGAAGCUACUACUGCGGCGCGCGCGCUCUCGCUGAUCUCGCAAGAGCAAGCAUGGGGCGCGUUAGAACCAAGACUGUGAAGAAGGCAUCGAGGGUCAUCAUCGAGAGGUACUACUCUCGGAUGACCCUGGAUUUCCAGACCAACAAGAAGAUCGCCGAGGAAGUAGCGAUCAUCCCGUCCAAGCGCCUGCGCAACAAGAUCGCUGGGUUCGCCACUCAUUUGAUGAGGAGGAUCCAAAAGGGGCCAGUGCGCGGCAUCUCGCUCAAGCUCCAGGAGGAGGAGCGCGAGCGCCGUAUGGAUUUCGUGCCCGAGGAGUCGGAAAUCAAGACCGACGUGAUCGAGGUUGACAAGGAGACGCAAGAUCUUCUCCACUCUCUGGGCAUGGGAACGCUCCCUGGAGUUGUCCAAGCUGCCACCACCGGCGGCGCGGGCGCUACCGCCGCUCCGGGAGGAUUCUACUACCAACAGAACCAGGGAAACAAGCGAGCUUGAAAAUCUCAUGUGAAACCUCGCAAGAAAGAAUUUUGGGGACCAACACCAUUUUCGAGUGUUC